AUGGCAAAGACCAUCGACUUUCUCGCCUCAGAUGGCGAGGAUGACGUUGCGCCUCGUCCCAUCCCGCCCAAGGCCAAGAGCACACGCACCAACGCCACCGCUUCGUCCAGCAAACCUGUCAAGCGAGCCAAGAAGCCCGCCCGAGACAGCGACGACGACGACGGGGACAUGGGCGAUGAUGGCUUCGAUAUCGCCUCUUCUCUUCUCGCCGGCUCCGACCCUGCUCCUGCUCCCGCUCCUUCCACUGCCCUCUCCGCAUCCCAGAAAGCAGCACAGAAGGCCUAUGCAGCCCGCGCCCCUGCCAAGGACGCCGACGACGAUGACGCCCGCUUCAUCGCCUCCAUCAUGCAGCAGGCCAACGUCAGGGCUGGCGUCGAAGUCGCCAAGCAAGCCCUCUCCGGCAAAAACAAGGGCAAGAAUAAACUCGGCUCCGGCGUUGUCACCGGCGGUGGAUCCUUCCAGAGCAUGGGCCUGCAUCCAUCGCUGCUCCGAUCGCUCCUCAUCCGCGGCUUCACCACUCCCACACCCAUUCAGCGCCAAGCCAUCCCCGCUAUCAUGGCUCAACCUCCCAGAGACGUCGUCGGCAUGGCCCGCACCGGUUCCGGAAAGACGCUCGCCUACCUCAUUCCGCUCAUCAACCGUCUCAAUGGUCGUCACUCGCGCACGUUCGGUAUCAAGAGUCUCAUUCUCUGCCCGUCGCGCGAGUUGGCGGUACAGAUUCUUCGUGUAGGAAAGGAGAUCGCGCGAGGAUGGAAGGCAGAUGCGAGCGAAGGUCAGGACAGUCGCGGCGAGGCCAUCCGUUGGGCCAUGAUUGUAGGUGGAGAAUCGCUCGACGAGCAGUUCGCACUCAUGUCCAACAACCCGGACAUCGUCAUUGCCACCCCGGGUCGAAUGCUCCAUCUCACCGUCGAGAUGAAUCUGGACCUGAAAGCCGUCGAGUACGUCGUGUUCGACGAAGCAGAUCGACUCUUCGAAAUGGGUUUUGCCGAGCAAUUGGAAGAGAUGCUCUUGCGUCUGCCGCCCACCCGCCAAACCCUGCUGUUCAGUGCUACGCUGCCCAAGAAGCUCGUCGAAUUCGCCAAAGCCGGUCUGCAAGCCAAUCCCAAGCUCGUCCGUCUCGAUGCCGACAGCAAGAUCAGCGCCGACCUCCGCAUGGCCUUCUUCAGCGUCAAGCCCUCCGAAAAGGAAGCUGCGCUCUUGCUCCUGCUUCGAGACGUCAUCGGUGUGCCCCUCGGCGAGCAGGCUGAACCCGAUCUCGACGAGGAAGCUGCCUUCAACGAGGAAGUGGACGACGACGGCGCCGGCACCCACCGUCGUGUCGGCAACCGCAAAUCCGACUUCAAAGGCAAGUCCAAGUUCUCCAAAGGCAAAGAUCUCAAACGCAAACGUGGCGGGCCCGGAGGCGCACUCGAGCUGCUCCCUCACCAGACCAUCAUCUUUUGCGCCACCAAGCAUCACGUCGAGUACCUCCUCCUUCUGCUCUCAACAACCGGCUACGCAUGUUCGCACAUCUACUCGUCGCUCGACCAGGCGACGCGUGGGAUUCAGAUGUCGCGAUUCCGACGCGGGCAGACGAGCCUGCUCAUCGUCACGGACGUCGCUGCCCGUGGUAUCGAUCUACCCGUCCUCGAGCACGUCGUCAACUUCGAUUUUCCUCCUCAGCCGCGGACGUUCGUGCACCGAGUGGGCCGAACCGCGCGUGCGGGUCGCAACGGUUGGGCCUGGAGCAUGUGUACCAAUGCCGAGCUGCCCUAUCUAUGCGAUCUGCAGCUGUUCCUCGCUCGACCGCUGAUUUCGUCCCACACAGCCGUCGCUACUCUCGCCGACACCGAGCCGCUCAACCUGCACGAGUCGCUCGUCCUCGGCACCUUCCCACGUGAACCCCUUGACCUCGAGACGGAAUUCAUCCACUCCUCGCUCACAAACACCACCAGCUCGACCGCACACGACUUCCCCGCGCUGCGCGCCGUCGCCGACCGAGCCCAACAAAAGUACGAAAAGUCGAUCGCCAAGGCUUCGCAGGAAUCGCACCGGCGGGCGAAGGAGAUGAUCAAGCUGGGGAGUAUCGAGCAGAUCAACGUCCGGACGGCUGCGGGCAAGGAGGGUGAGGUGCCCGAGUGGACGCUCGCGGGCUCGCCGUUGGAGGAGAUGGCUGUGCACGACGUCGUGCUUCGACCGGCGGUGUAUGGGUUCAGUGCGACCAAGAGCGAGUCGGUUCCGAGUGUGGUAAAGGGCAAGGGCGCGGAGGAGGCGGCGAAGAGGGCGGAGCUGCUGGCCAAGGUCAACGCGUUCCGGCCGCAAGAGACGGUGUUUGAGAUCGGGGCGAGGGGCGAUGCGACGCCGAUGGGUGCGUUGAUGCGGAGCAGGCGGGCGACGAUGGAUGUGAAAGCCAAACGGGCCGAGGCGUUGGAGGCGAGGAAGCGGGCUAUGGAGGGUGGCUUGUCCGAUGACGAAGAGAUGGCUGAGGCUGCUCCUCGAAAGAAGGGCAAGAAGACGGUGGAGGAGGAGGAGGGCGAGACGGUGGAUCUCGAGGCAGCCGAUGAAGCGUCCAUCCUGGCCGCUUUUGAUACUGGCUCCUCUCACAAGCCUAAGACCCUCGCCACCGUCGACUCGGAGGCCGAGUCCGACACUGAGUCUGCCGCCCCGCCCAUCAAGCGCACCCGCACAAAGCCCGCCCCAGGCUCCUACCGCGACCCGGCGAUCUACCUCUCCUACUCCGCACCCAACUCCGCCUCGGAACGCGGCUACUCGCUCAACAACCCUUCCUCCAACGGCAUCGACUCGUUCGUGCAAGCUGCCACGUCCGCCUCGUUCGACCUGGCCGGGGACGACGCUACGCUCGGCACGCAAUCUCAACGACCCAACGUCACACGCUGGGAUUCCAAAAAGAAGAAGUUCAUCCAAGGCACGGUGGGUGCGGACAACAAGAAGAUGAUUCGCACCGAAUCGGGUGUUCGGUUGCCGGCGAGUUUUCGGUCGGGCCGAUACGAGGAGUGGAAGCGGGAGAAACGGGUGGAUGUGCCCCGAACGGGCGAGGUGGAGCGGUCUACAGGACUCAGAGAGGAUGUUGGAAAGAAGUUCAGGCAUAAUAAGAUUACGCCGCCCAAAGCGGAGACGUUUGGUAAGGGAAGACCGGGUCAGCACAAGAGACAGGCGGCGAAGGAUGAGGUCAAGAGCGCGAGGGAGAUUCAGAAGGAUAGGGAGUUGAUGCAGAAGAGGAGGGAGAAGAAUGCUAGGCCGAGCAGGAAGGAUGGGAAGGGCGGGAGGGGUGGUGGGAGGGGUGGUGGCAGAGGUGGACGAGGCGGUGGACGUGGUGGUGGAAGUGCUGGCAGGGGAGGUGGACGCGGUGGUGGUAGGGGAGGUGGACGAGGUGGCAGGAGGUGA